AAGGCUGCAAUGAUGUGAAAUACUGCCCCCCAGCUGGCGAAAAAUUAUUAGUGUGUCGAGGAAGGGCAGUUUACAAUCUCCAUGGUUACGAUGUGGACAAGCUCCUGAAGUUUGACAGCUGGCUACAGUAGCUAGCUAGCUAGCUACCUUGCUUGCUAGCUUUCUAGCUUUCUCUCCAUCCUCUUGCUAUUUCUUUUUUAGAUUAAGUGGUUUUAAACCGGUGCAAAAAUGAGUAUAUCCGUAACUCGAUCAUUUAAUAAGCAAAAUGAAACCAACAAAGGUUUUAGGCAGCAGCGGGUACACGACUAUCUGUAUGACCCCAUAUAUACUGUAUCCGGGGAAAUGGACCAUGCAAGGGCCAGCUUCAAGGCACAUGCAUCCGUGGACCGGGUGAGGAAGGUUCCAGAGUAUGGGUCCAUGUUCAGUCACCUACCUCACCACCCUCGUUACGCCCUGCGUCUGGACACCACUGACCCUGUACCCACUUUUAUUGACCGCCGCUGGCGAGGGCACACAGAGCAGCACAGAGAGGCAGUUCAGCAGCUGGCAGGGGUCAUUCCUGGUGCUCAGUUUCAGGUCACAGGGAGCGAAUACAGCAGCGUGUCAGGCAUUGAUCGUUGGAAGUUUUUCAAGUGCCCCCUGAUCCCCUUUGCACAGCAGGUUCCCCCCAAUGUGGUCUUUGCAUUGCCCAAAGCUAACCCCUACUCUACAGUGGAGGGGGGUAAUGAGCAGCUGCCCACUCCAUUCCAGCGCACCAUGGGAGUACAGACUGACUAUAGGGACAGUGAGGCCCAGACGGACCCCUACACCCCUGAAUACGUGGUACGGCCCGGGACGACCCCCCCAGAGCUGCUGACACUGGCCACACUGACAUGGGGUCGUGGUCUUCCGGCGGGGCUGGCGGAGGUGGAGAUGAUUGAGCGAGCCAGGGUGAAGCGGGCGUGGGAGGCCACCCUGCCCCCCAUGGACGACCUGAGUCAACUGGACAAGAGGAAGAGGAUGAUGGACGAGAUGGAGAGGAAGGAGUGGGCCUUCAGGGAGGACGAGAUCCAGAAGCUGCAGGAGGCUCGCCUGGCCCUACUGAUGGGUCUACUGAGGCAGAGGGAGGAGGUUCAACAAGAGGCCACGGUGGACAGGCUGGACCUCAAGUACUCCCAGCACCAGAGAGACAAGGAGAGCAAGCUCAGCAAGAUACGCAAUGACUACAUCAUCUCGAUGAGGAAGCUGACGGCGAAAAGAAAGAAUGUGGAGAGAAAGUUGGAGCGCCGUGACAUCAUCAAGGACUACUCCAACUACUCAUCUCAGACGUACGCCCCUCUGUCCCGCAUCGGCCUGUUCCCCGACCGCCACUCCCAACGCAACGUGGUCAAGAGCCGCUACCUUGAUACCUACGAAGGUCUGCUAGAGCUGGAGGCGGGACUUCCGGUCUCAGUGACAGAGCCAUGUAUCAAAGCCCCCGUACCCAAAGUCAGCAAGGGCUUCGUCAAACGCUCUGCACGCAGAGAGAUGGAGCUCAUGAAGACACACCAGGCUCUGAAGGAGGAGAAGACUCGUGUGGAGGAGAAGAAGACCCUGCGCUUCCUCUUUAAGACAGAGAAACCUGUUCCUCGACCACAGACCCCCAUGGUGGACGAGCCCCCUGAGGGGGACGAGGAGAGAGAGCUGGCUGUCAUCUACUUGCAAAAGCUGCUGAGAGGAAGAAGCAUUCAGAACCAGAUGUUUGAGGGGAAGGAGAAGCGUCUGGAGCUGAUCCAGGAGCUGAGAACCACUCACGCCCUGCAGAGAGAGGAGCAGGAGCUCCAGAGAGCAGACACACAGCGCACACUGGCUCUGCAGAGACAGAGAGACCAACACACACACAAGGCAUCCUUGGUGGAGGGGUACCAGGCCGGUGUGGCAGGGGCGGAGCUUGUGGACAUGCUGGACUUCCUAUCGAAGGAGCUGAUUCGCAUACAGGAGGAACGCAGGAUCCAUGCCUUCACCCUAUUGGCCGAGAGAGACAGGCGCCUCCGAGAGGCCGAGGAGAGUGGGCGGAGACAGAUGGAGGAGAGGAGACGUAGAGAGGAGGAUGAGAUUUUCAAACAGGUGAUGAGGGUGCAUCAGGAGACAGUAGAUCUGUACCUGGAGGACAUCAUCCUGGGGACUCUAGACCGGACAGCAGACCAACAGGCCAGACAGGAGAUACGCAGGGUGGCAGAGGAGGUCAACAACAUCGCCUACGCCAUGGAGGACACUCGGAGCAGCCUGCAGUCAGAGGAGAUCGUAGCAGAGCUGGUGUACAGCUUCCUGAUCCCUGAGGUGCAGAAGAUCAACGUCAGAGACAGAGUGCGUCAGAGCCAGCGCAGGCACCUCCAGGCGGCUCACCAGAUCAUCCACGGGGGUGAAGAGAGCUCCGUGGCCCCUCCUCCCGGCCCCUCUGGAGCCCAGCGCCCCCCCUCGCCCUCGGACAGGGCCUCCAGCCAGCUGCUGGAGGAGAUGCUAACCCAUGUGGAACAGGAGCUGGAGGGAACAGGCAGGGGAGAGGAGUAGCGCAGGGAGGCGGGAGAGGCACAGCAGAAAAGAACCAGCUGAGAAUAGAUUAAUUUCGCAACAGUGGAGAAAACACUUAGUUUUUCUUCAAGCAAUAUGCAGUGUUGUGCUUUUGCUUAAAUAAAACUGAGAUUGUAUUUCA